AUGAAAUUAACAUAAGAGAUUAAAUUAUCCUUAUAAAAAACUCAGAAGGUCAUUUCAAUUCAAAUGGAUGUACAUCUUAUAAAUGCAUUCGUCAAAAUAUUCAAAAAAUUUAUCUUUCCUGGAAGUAGAUGGUAAUAAGAAUAAUAAAAUAUUAAAUCCAUCAAUACUACAUUCUAAGAACCUUUUCCUUAAAAUUUAUAAGAAUUCAUCAAAGAAAACAAUUGUUAAAUUCUAGAAAAGGAAGUCAUAGUUGGUUAUGAAGAUAUGACAUAUAAUGAAGUACUCUAAUAAUUAUUACCUCAAAAUGUUUCAGCACCUUAAGGUUAUGAGAUUAUUGGUAAAAUUGCUCAUUUCAAUUUGUCACCUGAAUAAUUACCAUAUAGAUAUUUAAUUGGUUAAGUACUUUUAGAUAAAAAUAAACAUUUGUAAACAGUUUGUAAUAAAUUGGAAAAAUUACAUAAUGUUUAUAGAACACCUUAAUUAGAAUUACUAGCAGGAAAGAAUUCAUAUGAUGCUAUUGUACCUGAAGGUGGUAUAAGGUUAUUUUUAAAUUUUGAAAAGGUUUAUUGGUGUACUCGUUUAUAUUCAGAAAGAGAAAGAAUUAUUAAAUUUAUAAAAGAAUUAUCAAAUGGUUAAAAAAUAAAAGUUUUAGAUUUAUUUUGUGGAAUUGGUCCUUUUUCAAUAAGAAUUGCUAAAGAUUUGAAUGCUAAUUGUUUAGCUAAUGAUUUAAAUCCAGAAUGUUUCAAUUAUUUAUAAAAGAAUAUAGUGGAAAAUAAGGUAUAGAAUUAAGUAAUUCCAUUGAAUAUGGAUGCUAGAGAAGUUGUAUUAAAGAUUUAUGAUAAGGAAAUAGACUUUGAUUUUAAUCAUGUUUAUAUGAAUUUGCCAGUUUUAGCAUUAAACUUUUUAGAUGUUUUCAAAGGAUUUACAUAAAAGACUGGAAAAUUAGAUUUACCAUACAUUCAUGUAUAUGGAUUUGCAAAAGGGAAAGAUGAUUAAGAAUUGAUUGAAUAAUUUUCAUAAAGAAUAAUUAAAGGUUUACCUGGUUUUGAUAAAUCUUAAAUUUUAAGAUUCCAUAUUUUGAAGAAUGUAACUAAGAUGAAAAAAAUGUGUUGUUUAUCAUUUUAGUUAGAUAAAAAAAGUGCAGAAUCAGAUUUUGGUUUAUUGGAAUAAGAAGAUGGAAAUAAUAGUGAUUUUGAAGAUGAUGAAAAGGUUGAGUAAAAUGAAUAAUAGAUUGAGGAAGUGAUAAAUAAGAAAGUAAAAAUAGAAUGAGAAUGAUUUAGAAUUUUAUGUUUAAAAACAUAUUAUAUUAACCAAUUAAAGAUGUAAUUAAAAUCUCACUUUUAUUAAAAUGUUGUUGCCAAUAUUUCAAUCUUCAUUCAUAUAGAUCACUAUGACUGAAAUAAAAGUCAAUGUGAAAGUUUUCUUAGAUAAAAUGGUUAUUUAAGGAUUCAAAGGACGAGAAGAAAAAGUUAUAGAGUUUAUUUAAACAGAUUAUUGUAUUGAGUGGGAUUAUGCUACAUAUGAUGUAUUAAAUACAAUUUAGAAGUCAGAAUAAUUAAUUAAAGGGUUUCACAUUAUGUCAAUAUGGACAAAGACUUUAUUAAUUUGAAGGUGAAAUACUAAAAGUUACUGAACUGAGAAGUGUAUUGAAAGGCAAAAUGGGUUUUUUUAAUUGGGAAAAAGAGGUUUCCUUCUUAAGAUGGAUAAAGAAAACUGAUCACUGUGAAGUAAUAAUAUUUAAUAAACUGAAAAGAUUUUUCAAGUUUUACGGGGUGAAAAUUUAAAAGUGAUAAAAGUCCUUCAAGACAAUAAUGUAUUACUAUAUUUCUAUUGUAACAUUAGUCUAAUCUAGAAUUAUAAGUUAAUCAAAUUUUAAAUCAUAAACCUCAUGUCAAUCUUCUUCAUUCAGAAGAAUUUUACAAGGAUGAAUCAUAAAUUUAUUUACUGAUGGAUUAUCAUGUUUAAUCACUAGGUGAUUUUUAAAAUGAAUAUAGUAAUAAAAAAAUACCCAUCAAUAUUAUUAGACCAAUCUUAUAAUAAUUAUUAGAAGGUAUUUUUUAAUUAUAAUAAUAGGACUUAAUCAUUUACAUUCACAUCAUAUAAUACAUAAAGAUUUAAAGUAUGACAAUAUUCUAUUGACUCCAAACAGAACCGUAAAAAUAAUCGAUUUUGGCCUAUCAUAAUUAGGUGAUAAUACUAAUAUCAAAUCUGGAACUGGAGGUUAUAUUGCUCCUGAAGUAUUUAAGAAUUAACCAAUAACUUCAAAAAGUGACAUCUUUAGUCUUGGUGUUAUAUUUCACAAAUUAUUAACUGGAAAGGGUAUAUAUAAUAAUCUUGAUGAAAAUAUGGCAGGGAGAAUGAAAAUAAGUUCUCAAAUAAAAGAUAAGAAUGCAAAAGAUUUGCUAUUGUCAAUGUUGAAUUAGGAUCCUUAAUUUAGAUUCACUGCUGAGGAUUGUUUGGCUCAUCCGUUUUUCAUAGGGGAAUAUGAUUAACCUUCAUAAAAGUAUAAUAUAAUUUUCAUACUUUUUAGGAUAUGUCUAAGUAAUUAUUUGAGUCCCUUAUCUCAAUAUAAAUUCUAACCCAUAUCUACUUAAAUGAUUAGCUUAUCUUUAUGA